AUGUCAUAUCUUCUCAAAUUUCGUUGCAUUCAAUUUUUUUCUUCUUUAAAUUCUUUCUUUUCUUUUGUUAAUUCUUUUCCUCGGUACUUUUAUAUAUUCCCAUGUGGAGUUUAUCAUAUUUAUUUUUUUUUUCUCUUUUUCUUCUUUCUCUUCCUUUCAUUUCCUUUUUCUCAUUUUUUCUUUUUCCUUUCUUUUCCUUCUCUUUUGUCUCCCUUCCCACUUAUUCGUUUUCUCUUCCUUCUCUUUCGUCUCCCUUCCUCCUUCUUCCUUUUUCUUCCUUCUCUUUUGUCUCCCUCCCCACUUAUUCUUUUUCUCUUCCUUCUCUUUCGUCUCCCUUCCCCUUGUUCUUUUUCUCUUCCUUAUCUUUUCUCUCUCUUCCUCCUUAUUCUUUUUUCUCCUUUCUCUUUUGUCUCCUUCCUCCUUCUUCCUUUUUUCUUCCUUCUCUUUUGUCCCCUUCCUCCUUCUUCCUUUUUUUCUUUUUCUCUUUUUCUCUUUUGUCUUCCCUCCCCUUCUCUUUUGUCUUUUCCUUUUCCUUUUUUUUCCCUUCCUCCUCUUUUUUCAGAUUUUCCUUCUUCUUUUGUCUUAUUUCCUCCUUCUUCCUUUUUCUUUUCUCUUCCUUCUCUUUUGUCUCCCUUCCUCCUUGUUCUUUUUCUUCCUUUUUUCUUCCUUCCUCUUUUGUCCCCUUUUUCUCUUCUUCCUUCCUUUUUCUUCCUUUUUCCUUUUGUCUUUUUCCUUCUUCCUUUUAUUCUUUUUCUCUUAAUUUUCUUUUGUUUUCCUUUUUCUUCUUCUUUUUUUCUUCCUUUUCUUUCUUUUUCCUUCCUCCUUCUUCCUUUUUCUUCCUUCUCUUUUGUCUCCCUCCCCACUUAUUUUUUUUCUCUUCCUUUUUUUUGUCUCCCUUCCUCCUUGUUCUUUUUCUUCCUUCUCUUUUUCUCUCCUUCCUCCUUCUUCUUUUUUUUUCUUCCUUCUCUUUUGUCUCCCUUCCUCCUUCUUCCUUUUUCUUCCUUCUCUUUUGUCCCCCUUCCUCCUUCUUCCUUUUUCUUCCUUCUCUUUUGUCUCCCUCCCCACUUAUUCUUUUUCUCUUCCUUCUCUUUUGUCUCCCUUCCUCCUUCUUCCUUUUUCUUCCUUCUCUUUUGUCUCCCUUCCUCCUUCUUCCUUUUUCUUCCUUCUCUUUUGUCUCCCUCCCCACUUAUUCUUUUUCUUAAAUUUUUUUGUCUCCCUUCCUCCUUGUUCUUUUUCUUCCUUCUCUUUUGUCUCCCUUCCUCCUUGUUCCUUUUUCUUCCUUCUCUUUUGUCUCCUUCCUCCUUCUUGUUUUUUCUUCCUUCUUUUUUUUAA